ACAUUAUCUUCAUAAUAUUAUAGUGGUAUUACUUCAGUCGUGUUUUAGCCAAGUUUAUAACGUUAAAGAAUUUUGAGUGCAAAAUGAAGACACAAAAUAAAUUGUUUUCAAUAAUAAAAACCGUAUUCAAGUGGAUUACAACGAGACAGAAAAUAGCGCCGAUACAAAAAAAUAAAAAGGUACCACGUGUAAAGUCAGACAAAAUGGCUCUUAUUAUCGAAGAUAUGGAUCUCGAGAAGCAGUAUUCCCCAAGCAGAUGGUCAACAAGAUUUAAUACAGCACAAGAGGUGCUGCAGCACCACGUGGCCUUUGUUACAGCAGCGAGCGAGGCUGCUGUCAACAGUAUACCACAUAAAUUAGAAAUUGAAUACGGUUCCACUCCCGGACAAAAAUUGGAUAUUUUGGGAACGGACCUUCCAGAUGAUGCUCCAAUCUUGGUAUUUGUCCACGGGGGUUAUUGGCAAGAACUCUCCCGGGAAGUGUCCCGAUACCCGGCCCUGCCUCUGUACCGCUCCAGAAUCAAGACGAUCGUGGUUGGCUAUGAUCUUUGUCCUGCAGCCACUCUGCCAGAAAUCGUCAAUCAAAUAGAAAAGGCAGCCAAAUUUGUCUUUGAAUACGCUGAGAAAAUGGGUUCUAGGGGAAUAUACUUCGCUGGUCACUCGGCUGGUGCUCACCUCGUCGCCAAGUUGUUAUCAAACGCUGACUUCUUGGACAACACACCAGGAACGCAGCGCUUACAAGCAGCUUUCCUCGUCUCCGGCGUAUACGAUUUAAGAGAGCUAGUUCACACUUCUGUCAACGAGGCAGUGCAACUACCCAGAGAAUGGGCAGCACCACUGUCCCCUCAAUUUGACUGUUACACACACUUGCAAAUCCGAAAAACUAGGGUAUACAUAUUAGCGGGCCAGAACGACAGUCCCACGUUCAAAAAACAAUCGAGAGAGUUCUUUGAACUUCUACACAACAGUUGUCUGAUGCAAAAUAUGUAUUUAGAGAUAAAAGAUGACUUGGACCAUUUCGACAUUGUCGAGUGUUUCGCUAACGACGACAAUUAUCUCAAGAAUCUGAUGGUGCACGACGUUCGUAAACAUUUAUAAAGUGUUUGUCGCUUGUUAUUACUUCGUUGUACAUUUAUUUUAAGUCCUUUGUUUUAUAGUCUGUUUUUAUAUAUGAGCUAAAUUUAGGUAUGCUACAUUUUAUACUGAUCUAACUGCCGUAAAAUUCGAAUAAAGCUCGAAUGAUAGGAUCGCUAGAUAAUAAUAAUUUUAGUUAAAAAAUAACUAGUACAAAAAUAAUAGGAGUGGUUCAGUUGUAUUCAAUAAUAUAAAAUUUAUGAUAUAUAAUUAUAUAUCUAAACGUAAAUGUAA